AUGUCUGGUUGGGACGACUACAUCAAGCUUCUGUUCGGAAAGAGCCCAGCCAUCAAGAGAGCUGCCAUUAUUGGAUUGGAUGGAUCCGUAUGGGCCAGAUCCGGAGAUUCCAACGCUUUUAGUGCCUCCGAACAAGAACUGAAGAAGUUUGCGGCUCUCUUCAACGACAUCAACUCCGUUCCAGGCACCGGAGCUGAUCUUGAGAACAUCCAUUACAUCGUUCCACGUGUCGAGGAGAAGCUAAUCUUCGGAAAGAAGGAACAGACAGGAUUUUUUGCUUCCAAGACCAACCAAGCUAUCGUCAUUGCCAUUUAUGAGGGAGACAACGCUCAAUCCGCAUCCGUACGCGCCGGAGUCGAGUACAUUGCCCAGUACCUGUUGGGCGCGGGAUAUUAG